AUGAGUAACUCUGGUGGUCCGCAACGGAUGUCUAGUGAUAACCCUCUUGAUCAAGACACUACAACUGAAAACAGUUUAGCAACAACUCAAUUACAUCAUAAACCGCAAGAAAAGCCAUCCGAUAAUUUAUUUUCAGCGAACGCCCCCUCUACUAUCCCUAAUGUCAACAUCAGUAGUAAUUAUAAUGAUAAUGAUGUGGUGGUGGUGAAUCAAGAGGGAUCGGAGGAAAACAGCACUCCACCAGCCGAACAGUCCUGCGAGAGUGGAGAAUCCCCAACGAAUACCCCGCCGGAUGUCACUCCAACUCCACAUGUUAUUAUGGGCGCGGAUCGUUAUCGACAAGAUAUGUCUCAAGAUCUUCUCACUGCUGUCUCUGCAAACAACUUACUGCAAACCCACUCUACACAACCAGUUGUGGCCUCUCAGAGAGGUCUUUCCUCUAUUCCAGAUAUACCAGAUGAGGCUACAACGAUGUUAGAAGAAGAUGAACGUCGUUCUAGAGAAUUUAUUAUGGGAAAUGAACAUGAAAAUCGAUCUCACUACCUACGAUCUUAUGCUCAAAUAAUUCUUUUAAAACAAGAGAAACUUGCACGGCAAAGGAUUGAACAGGAUUAUGCUACUCAAUUACAUAUGCUCUAUGAUGGGAUGGUGUAUGAAGAAGACAUUUUACUUGAAGAUGAAAUACGAGAAAUAGGACUUCAGGAAUUACGUGAAGAAGAAGAAAAAGAACGACAACGACAAGAAAGAGAAGGUAAUCCUGGGAUGAAAAUGAACUUUUUUACCCGUUCUGGAGAGACUCCACCUUUUCACGAAGGUACUGAAGAUUCGGAUGAUGAAGAAGUGCUUGUAAACUCAGCUACCAGUCAUGUUGAUCCCAAUAGCUCUAAUUCUUUUACAAAUCGGAAAACGACAGAAAUGUCUCCUGUCGAUGAUAGUAAUGUAGAUGUUGAGAUUCACCCCGAUGAUGAUCCAGCCGUCGUACUGGCGAAAUUACAGCGUAAGUAUAGACCACUUAUGCCCCGGGGUGGGGCUGGAAGGAAUUCUUCACAAAUCUCUGAUGUUAAACCAUCUAGUAAAGCCGAAAGUAAAAGAGAUAGUGGAAGUGGAAGUGGAACUGACAGUACCAGUACAGAAGAUAAUACUCCUCUCGAGAUGGAAGUUAUAGCUGAGGGAGCCAAACGUGAUGUGGGUAAAGGUAAAAAAGGCGAUGAACCUACUUGGGAGGAACAAGGUGCAGAAAGACAAGAGCCACCUGCUGAACUGGAAUCUCCAAUGAAACCGGAAACAUUAGAUGGAGGUUCUAAGCGGAGGCACAUGAGACCUUCCGCAUCAAAUCAUCCCAUGCAUGAGGAAUAUCAACCAGAGAGAGAGGAGGAUGAACCUAAUGAAAUGGCAUUAGAGUCUGAUAUUAUACAACGUGUCCCUAAAAGCUCUACCGGUGAACGACGAGAAGAAGAACUGGAACAACAGAUAUCAUCUCCAUCACAUGAAAUUGAGAAGAAAGAUAGGAAGGAUUACACUGUAGGUGAAGAAAGACGUCAUUCUUCACGCGAUGUGAGAGAUUCAAAACGUGUAGAGACAACCGCACGUAAGGUAGUCGAUAUACAAAGGGAUGUUAAACGGAAUAUAAUAUCUCCAUCAUCAACGACAUCUGUAAAUAAAGAUAAAAUUCAUUUAUCAAAUAAAGAAGUUGUUCGCUCUGACAUUUCGUCUUCUAGUGAGGAGGACGAGGAAGAUUUAAUGUCACCCUUACAGCCUCACUUGGGAGAAAAAGAAAAUAUUUACAGUGCACAUCGAUCCCGCAAGGUAGAUAAGGAGGCUAUGGAACAGCGCGCUGAAGCAGAGGAUGAAGAAGAAAUAGAAAAACCAUUCGAAUAUUCUCUGUCAUUACCACAAGAGAAAUUAGUGCGGGGGUCAAAAAGACGUCAGAGGGAUGACGUAGUCACAGAACUACGUAAUAGUGACGAUAGUAGCGUUGAUCAAGAUGAAUCUCCUCUGAAUACAUCAGUAGUGCGUCAAGGAGGAAAAGUUAGAAAUAACCGGCUCUCCCAUAUUAUGCCUUCGGCUGAAAUUCAAGGUUUUGGUGAAGAUUCGGAAGUAGAUGAAGAGGCCCCUGUACAGUCUUCAAUGAUUCAAUUGGGAAAGAAACCAGGAAGUAGGAAGCAUCAAACGAAGGACCCAUCAGCAGAGAUGCAAGAAUUCAGUGAAUCAUCGGAAGUAGAUGAAGAGGAUGUUGUGCAGUCCUCAACGGUUCAAUUGGGAAAGAAACCAGAAAGUAGGAAGCAUCAAACGAAAGACCCAUCAGCAGAGAUGCAAGAAUUCAGUAAAUCGUCGGAAGUAGAUGAAGAGGAUGUUGUGCAGUCCUCAACGGUUCAAUUGGGAAAGAAACCAGGAAGUGGGAAGCAACCGACUAAGACAUUUUCAGGAGAUUUGAGAAAAUCUGGGGAUAGUCUUUCUUCAGAUCAUGACCAUAUUUCGCCGCAGGUUAUUUCCACGGGAAGUCCUAUUUCUUCAAUACCGCGGGAAAAGGGCGGCAGAGAUGCUUUCCAGGAAAAGAAAGAUGAACAUAUCAAUCAGUUUCAUAAAUUCCGGGAUUUAAAUACUAUUCCCAUCCCAAGUAGAAGCGAUCUGUCAACUGAUGAGGAGACUGAAGAAGAACCUCUUUCAUUCCAUAUUAUUCACGAAGGAGGAAGAUCUACAAUGGGGGUAGCGAAGGGUGAACCACCUGCCGAACACACUUCAUACCGCUCCAGUGACCCUGAGGAGGACUCUGACUCAAGUAAUCCUUUUGAUACUCCUAUGUCAGUUGGAAUAAUUCAUAACAAUGUAACGCGUGUAAGAAGUGUAUCCUCUAGAGGCCCCAUUGAAGCAUCUGAGAGUUGCAAUUUAGAGGAAUCUCAGGAAGAAAGCAUGGAACUUCCACUGCAACCGGGACUACUUUUGGGUAAUGGUAGAAGGCAAAUCCAGUCUGGUACUGCUAAGGAAAGAAGUGCGGCGUUUGAGGAACUGUCGGAACAUACGGAGGACGAAGAUCAAGAUAUGUCAAUCUUGCCAAAUAUUGGGAACCGUCGUGGGCGGGAUACACCUCAUAUUUCUUCAAAAGGAGGACCAAUUGCAGAAUCAGGCGUGGAGGAAAGCUCUGAAAUCCCCUCUGAAGAAGAACCGAUGGAUACCCGCCUCGUUUACCCACCCUCUGGUACUCAUGGAAAAGCACGACGUGCACCUUCACCUAAUGCUCUGGAGACGGGCAGUUCAUCCGAGUCACUUGAAGGGGAUGUAGUGCCACUCGAUGGUAUUACGGGGCCACCGAACAAAAGGGUACACGCAGGUGCAACCAAGCACCGUGAACUGGUCCACUCCAUGGAAGAAGAAGAAGAAGAUACCAGUGAGGAGGAACAGCCUCUGGGACAUGAAUUUUCUCCACAAAAGCGGGGAUCAGCGCAUAGAGCAAAGUCUAAAACUGCAAUAGUAGAGGAGGCAAUGACUGAGGAGACCGAAGAGCAAGAAACUGAUGAAGAGCCUUUAGAAGUACAGAUUACUAAACCAACGCCCAAGCAUAGACAAACUUCCACUCGUAAAGAAAUUGAAGAGAAUUGGUUUCAAGGAAGUUCAGACGAUACCACUGAUGAGGAGAAUCCGCAACCAACCCAAGUAGGAAAGGGUUUUCCAAGGCAUAGGGAAUUGCCACCAAACAAAACUUUUGUCACCAGUGAGAGCUACGGUUCACAAUUGUCUAUAGAACCUGAUGAUUCUCAAUUAGAUGUCGCGAUGAAUUGUAUUAGGCCUGAUAAACGAAAAGGCACUUCAGGUGAUGCCGAGGUUGAGUGGGAAGGUGAUACCAAUCCAUCGUUUAGCAUUCGUGCCGGUGAGGAAGUCUUACUAAUACAACUUGACAAUGAACAAGAGUCUGAAAAACAAGCAGUACUUACUCAAGAAGAAGAGACAAAACAAGAGCCUUCAUGUGUAACAGUGACCCCAAGGGAAAUUGUUUCCUCAAAACCUCAACAACCAAUUCCCAUAGAAGCUCAAACCACCGAGGAAAAUGCUGUUGAGAUAUCAAUUCAAAAAACAAAAACAAAAGAACUACAAUCUUUUGAACUUCACGACCCCACGGAAAUAGUAUACACAUUACAAGAGAAUAGUGAACCCCAAUCAGUGAAUCUCAUCCAUCUAAGCGAAGGAAUAAUAGAUGUUAAUGAAUCUGAGAAGCCAUCAGAAAAACUAGCGGGGUUGUAUAAGGAUGCCGAUGUAGCUCGGUCUGUAGAAAAGAAAGAAACAGAUGAGCGUGAAAUAUGUGACAUGGAACUCGACGAGACUGAGCUGAGAGUGACAACACUACGUGAAGAAGAAGAAGAGGGUUCUACGGAGACCACUGGGGUUGUUGAUGCACAAGAGCAUAAGCUUGCCCCCCGUGACGUCCACGAUAGGGAU